CGCUUCAUCCCUCACGCAAAUCCCCCCAAGCUUCGGCCGCAGACUCUCGCCCAACUCUCCCGCCGCCUCAUCCACAGAGCUCAAGGCACCGGCCACCCGAUCCCUUAGAGGCCUUGCCGUGUUGAAUCCAUUCGCAAUUCUUCGUCCCUCGUACUCCCGAUCUUUCCCCCCCGCCUACCACCCAAGAUGUCGCAACACGCCUUAUCCGACGUGCAGGUCGACAAUGAGCUCCGCAAGAUGACGGCCUUCAUCAAGCAGGAAGCCAUGGAAAAGGCCCGCGAAAUCGAAAUCAAGGCCAACGAGGAGUUCGAGAUCGAAAAGUCAAAGCUCGUCCGCCAGGAGACCGACGCCAUCGACACCCAGUACGAGAAGAAGUUCAAGCAAGCCACCAUGUCCCAGCAAAUCACCCGGUCGACCGUCGCCAACAAGACACGGCUCAAGGUCCUCGGCGCCCGCCAGGAGCUGCUCGACAGCAUCUUCGACGAGGCCCGGAACCAGCUGGCUGCCGGCGCCAAGGACAAGGCCAAGUACCAGAAGACGCUGAACGGGCUUGUGCUUGAGGGCUUCUAUGCCAUCAACGAGCCCGAGGUGCAGCUCCGCGCCAAGAAGUCCGACUAUGACGCCGUCAAGAAGGCCAUUGAGGAGGCAGCCAAGGAAUACAAGAAGGAGAUUGGCAAGGAUGUCUCGGCGACGAUUGACGAGGCCAAUCCCCUGGACAACGGAAUUGCCGGCGGCGUCGUCAUCCUCGGCGGAAAGGGAAAGAUUGACAUUGACAACACCCUAGAGGCCCGGCUGCAACUGUUGGAGCACGCCGCGGCACCGGCCGUGCGAGAGAACCUAUUCGGAAAGAACCCCAACCGCAAAUACUACGACUAGACUCGCUCCCGUAAUUACUUAGCAGCUGUAUCUUAUUACCUUUACACUGGGAAAAGAGGGAAAGGAUGGAGAAUGAGAGGGGCAGAGCAGAGGGCCGUCAUGUUUUGAAGAAAAGAAACUGAGGCAUGCAUUUCGUCGAAUUAGUCCGCGCUUUAUCCUAGUUUAGAUGCUGUAUCAUAUUUCAUUACAACAAAGCUUUCUUAAACUCC